AUGUCGAUGGAUCUUGAUGCCCCGGUUGCCCUUCCUUCGGUGAACAAGCCACAAGCAGCGACCAUCCUCUGCUGUAACUGUGGCGCUCCCAUCGAUGGGACUGCCUCCGCAGGUGCUUUGUGCUAUGACUGUAUCAAACUCACUGUCGAUGUAUCGGAAGGAAUCCAGAGGGAAGGCGUACUUCACACUUGCCGAGAUUGUGAAAGAUGGUUAAGCCCACCUUCACAGUGGGUAUCGGCAGCUCCAGAGAGUAGAGAAUUGCUCGCUCUCUGUCUGCGGAAACUUCGAGGUCUCAACAAAGUCCGGAUCAUAGAUGCUAGUUUCCUCUGGACAGAACCUCAUUCUAGGCGGAUUAAGGUAAAGAUCACUGUUCAACAAGAAGCCUACGAAGGAACGAUCUUGCAGCAGACUUUCGAGGUGGAAUACGUCGUCGCCUACCAACAAUGCCCCGAGUGUGCCAAGUCAUAUACGCCAAACACAUGGCGGGCCUCAGUCCAAGUUCGACAGAAAGUGCCUCAUAAGCGAACCUUCUUGUACCUCGAGCAGCUCGUGCUCAAACACCAAGCGCAUAAAGACACGAUCAACAUCAAGGAAGUCAAAGACGGCCUAGAUUUCUAUUUCUCUCAGCGGAACCAUGCAGAAAAGUUUGUCGACUUCCUCACCUCCGUGACACCGGUCAGGGUAAAGAAAUCCCAGGAACUCAUUUCCAUGGACAUCCAUACCUCGUCAAAAUCAUACAAAUUCACCUUCUCAUGCGAACUAUUACCGAUUUGCAAAGAUGAUCUAGUGGCAUUGCCUAUCAAGAUGGCCAAGUCCAUCGGCAACAUCGCACCCCUAACCCUCUGUUACAGAGUGGGCACGUCAGUCAACCUCCUGGAUCCGACCACACUACAGACAACAGACAUGCCGACGUCGACAUACUGGCGUACGCCUUUCAAAAGUCUCGCAGACGUGCAGGAGCUUGUGGAGUUUGUUGUGCUGGACAUCGAACCUUUAGGCACCCAAAAUGGCCGAUUCUUUGGAGCCGAGGCAACAGUGGCCAGGGCAUCCGAUCUUGGGGUCAAUGACAAGACUUAUUACUGCAGAACCCACCUCGGUGGGGUGUUGCACGCCGGCGAUUCAGUGCUUGGUUACCACUUGACGGGAACAAACUUCAACAAUCAGCAGUUUGAAGAUUUGGAGCAAAGCAGCAAUUAUUCGUCGACUAUUCCAGAUGUGAUGCUAGUCAAGAAGUUCUAUGCCAGGAAGAAGAAGCCCAAGAGCAGAAAUUGGAGGCUGAAGCGAAUGGCCAAGGAUGAGGGCGAGCUGUUGCCGAAGAAGGCCGACCAGGAGAGGAUGGAUGCGGACUAUGAAAUGUUCUUGCGAGACGUGGAGGAAGAUGAAGAGCUGAGACAAACGUUAGCGUUGUACAAGGCCAAGCAUCAGAAGAAGAAGGAUGCAGAUGAGAUGAGCAUGGUGACUGGGGAGAGCAGUGAGGAUGAGGUGCCUCGGAUCAACAUGGAUGAGCUACUGGAGGACUUUGAAGAUCUUGAUGUGAACGAUGAGGUAUGA